GGCAAAUUCUGAAACAGACCCAAACCGUGCACGCUGGUUGAGCUUUAUAAGUGAUUGAAAAGUGUUUUCGUUCAAGACUGUUGCCAUCAAGUAAGUUAGCUUCGCCAUUCAAUGAAUGAAGUGGAACCCUGGCGGAUAUUUGCCAUGGCUCUGAUGCUUGCAAACGAUGGCCGCUAAAGACCCAGAUCUUCAAGUGUUGACCUUAAACGAGGUUCGAGGAACUCGUCGUCGACCUACGGCUCCUUCUAUGCAGCCCCAAGCACCUCCAAGUCGUUCGCAAACUUGUCCCCGAAGAGGUCGUUUGGGCUGUUUUCGCUUGUGGACGUCCAUGACCUUUAGUGCUAUUGGAGUGAUCACAGUAUUGAUUGUCUAUUUGGUGGGAUGUGCCAUCAUUUUUAAGAGUAUCGAAAGUCAUUCCAAUCGGCAAGUGCACUUGAAACACCGCCACCACCAUGACCGUGAGGAAGGAUAUUUGAAGUCAGGACACAUAAUCCGGGAUGAGUAUUCUAACGACGUGCUCAGUCUGGAGGUGCAAGAACAACAGCACCUGCGCGAGGCCAGGGAGCUCCGACAACAAUUGGUGGAGCAUCUUUGGAAGAUCACAGAGGAGCUCAACAUUCUCUACAAAGACAAUUGGACAGCCUUGGCUAACCGAGAGGUGAUCAAGUUUCAAAAAGGUCUGCUCAACAACGGAAUGUGGAGGCCUUCUAGUUUGGGAGGGGCUAGAGGGGAUGAAGCUGAUUAUCAGUCUGUGCCCAUGGAUCACAGACGAAACGAGAUCCAGGUGGUGUUGGCUAAUGCUGAAAGGGAAGCUGAAGGCGCGCCUCUCGAUGGACCAGCCCAACCCAGGGAACCAGGGGUAGCGCUGGCCAGAUUCACGUGGAACUUUUUCUCCUCCUUCCUCUACUCGCUGUCUUUGGUAACGACCGUGGGAUAUCCUCAGCAAGUUCCGGAGACGAGUAUGGGCAAGAUUCUGACCAUGAUUUGUGCUCUGCUGGGAAUUCCCUUGCUUCUCAUCUAUUUGGUCAUUGUGGGGAACUGUCUCGCGGGGCUCUUUAGUCGUUUCUACGGCAAGCUAUGUUGCCAGUGUUGCCUUCGAUCAUCAUCCAAACGAUUGCCAUCCUCGUCCUCGUGCGGUCGAGACGAAUUUGAUUUGAGUGACUUUGACAGUGUGGGUGGGAGCAGUGUGACCUCGCGGUCCUCCGCCCAUCAUGCCUCCUUCCGUGAUGGAGUCGAAGGACGUCGUCGAGGCCAAAUGCGGAGGGACUCGAGUGGCCUUCCUGUAUCUUCAUCGACAUCUCUCAAUGGCAAAGAUAUGACUUCCUUCCCUGACUCGGCCUCCUCAUCACGGGGUCCUCAGACCAAAAACGGAGAUCGCCGCCAUCACCAUCAUAGUAAUCAUGAUGAGGAUCAUCAUCAUCAUCAUCAAGUUCCGGGUUGGAUGUGCUUCAUCCUGAUUAUUGCUUACGUCUGCGGAUCUGCUAGCCUUUUCUCGGUCUUCCAAGGUUGGGAAUGGCUCGAGAGUGUGUUCUUCUGCUUCACUCUACUCGCAACUAUUGGUUUUGUCGACGUACCUGCCACUCGAUCGGGUCAAAUGGCAACUCAAAAAGGGUCCAAACCGGAGAUUGAUGGACUUUUUGUGACGAUGUGCACACUGUAUCUGCUUGUGGGCUUGGCUCUUGUUUCGAUGGGGAUCACAAUUUUGAUACAUUCCUGGACACAUACCACUUUUGCCACUAUUGUCUCCUCGUGUGCCACUGGUGGACAAGGAUCUCAAGGUGCUCGUCUUUUGGACCAUGAGGCCACUCUCGACUAUAGUGAAGGACCCUCUUGACAAAAGGCCAAGCCUGGAAUCAUCCAGCAUGACUCGAACAAAAAAACAUCUGACGGGGCGGCUUCAUUGUCCAAAGAGACGUCCCUUGAGCAUUUUCCAAUUUCAGGGGCCUCGCGUCAAUCCUCCUCGCAGUUGGCGGAGCGGACUAAAAUCAUGGUUUCCAACGAUAAAGUGGCCCAUCCCGGCGGCGGUGACCAGUUAGCCCAAGAUAACCUCAUCAUUCCCUCUGCCCAGAGCUCAUCAACUUUUAUACCCAUUGUACCAGCUCAUUCAUCAUCCAGUACCUCCCGAGUCUUUCAGCCCUUGGUCCAAGGCUCACGCCAACCCGGGGAUGAUUCAUCGUUUCAAACCUUCAACAAACCAUUAUUGCCGGAACCGAAUGUAGUUCCAGGAAAUCAUUUAGGAUCCCUCUCCUCGUCUCGGCCAAAGUCAGCCACACUCACAAGAAGUGGGAGAAUGUCCGCAGAUCCAUUCCCUCUGGAACACAGCCAGUUCGUUCACCCCAGGGGACACCAGAGUGUAGCUCUGAACGCACUUGACUUGGAUCCAUUGGACUUGCGCAACAUCGAUCCCACGUUAGCCAAGCAAAUAUUAGAUGAAAUCAAGAGCGGGGCCGAUAUCGAGCCAGUGCUUACCAAGUUCCAAGUGAUACAGGCCUCGACCAAGCGAAGAGAGAGUGCCAUUGGGCUCUCGAGGAAAACCCCGGAGCCUCUUAACCCGGUAACCCAAUUCGGAUCGAGACGAGAGAAAACCGUCACUUUCCGCGAUGAACCGGCCGGAGUAAGUGGCGCCAUUGCGGCCACCACACUCACUUCGGCCAUCAACAGCACCCCGUUCUCGGA